GCCAUGGCUUCUUCACUGCGGCCGGUGUCCGACACAAGACUCGGAUUAUGCGGGCGGUGGCGCUGAGGGGAAGGGAAUACGUUGCGCCUUGUGCUUGUCAUGAAUGUGCAAAGGUAUCACUCGUGAGUAAGCAACCACAAUCCCCAGACCGGAACGAGAGAGCAGCAGGCCAGAAUGAACCGUUCGAUACAUCGCACGUGCCCAGCAGACCUUUGAUUGGGAGAGGCAUGAUGGAUACGUUCGAUGCCGAUAUCAGGAAGGCCGACUUUUGCUCGGCUCUGGACAAGCGACUGCGUCAUUCGUCAUGGACUGUGGGUUGGUCGCAGCGAGUCAGCAGCUGGGGAUGCCGAGAGCGGGGCGGCGCCGAUGCACUGCGGAGUCGGGCAUAACAGUGGCUUCGACAUGCUCGAGCCUCGAGACAUGCUGAGGAGCCGAAAGCACGAAAAAGGAGAAACUCUCCUGAUACUCUCGUCGCUGACGCCGCGGCCGAGUCCAAGGCUGAGCAGUGUCUUUCGCGAAGAACUGACUUGGGAGUGCGUUGUUCCGAGUUUGCAGCGACGCGUUUUUGUGUCUCGAAUCGGUGGGGCACUGGAAACUCGAAGAUUGCCAGAUCGGGCGGAUGAUCGGAUCGCAACUGAAGGGACAAAUGGAGAGGGAAUUGGGCUAGCUCUGUUCCAAACACAUGCCACGCUCAGACGUCAAAAAGACGGAGCUCUGAGACGAGAUCCAUGGAUCAAUGAUGGGGUGAGGGCGGAGGGAGGCCAAAACUACUGGAAUAUAUAGCAGAGUAACGACUGGAAAUCUCUGGGCGCGGGCCUGAUGGGUGGGACGGGGCCCAAUGCUCUUAUGUUGUCCAAGUCAAAUUCAGUGCUAGAUUCAGGUUCAACUUGUCUGUUAACAGUUUCUUUCGGCAAUCGUUUAAGACGGCAGGUGGAACGGU